CUCCCCUACUCUGUACCCCAUACUCUGUACCCCGUACUCUGUACUCCCUAUACACGCCUGGCUGUCGCACUGGCUGUCGCACUGGCUGUCGCACUGGCUGUCGCACUGGCUGUCGCACUGGCUGUCGCACUGGCUGUCGCAUGUCUUCUGCCCCGGAAUAGGGAAUAGCGAAAUGUGAAAAAUCCCCAUCCUGUCUUUCUGUGGUCCUAGGGACAUAAAGUCACUUAAAGUCUAUCUGGAUACCAACAGCCACUUUUAGCGCUAUCCGACCGACCACACGCCCCUCAACUCACCCACCACCACAUCCACCACAUCCACCACAUCCCUCCUCCCUCUCCCCCUUCCACUUUUCUCCCCCUUACACCCCCUUUCAUACUUUCAGGGCCUCCAAUCCUCCAACCUUGCCCACUCGUCUUCCUCUUCUCGACAAAAGGGUAUUGCUGUUGCUCUACUUUAUCUAGCUUCACCCAAGGGCUCUUGAUAUUCGAGCCGUCGGCGAGUUCUGAGCUGGUACCUCACCGAAGACUACGUGCGGUUCUCCCUCCCCUGACCACCACCAACUUUCUUUCAACUCCCGCCAACCACGUCCACCUUGCGCCGUCCUUGCCAACGCUACGAGCAGAGCUACGAAUAGCGAAUUCAAUACGGUUGAACGGCGGCGCUCUGAAUAGUUCACGAGAUUCAUGUCUGACGCCAAUUACACGUUAAUGUACACUUGAGAAUAAUCGCCGACGUCCUGCGUUUCAAGAUCCGACUCUUCGAGCCACGAAUCCGCGGACAUACCUGAACAUAUAUUAUAGAAGCCGAGGAGGAUAUAUAUUUUGUGCCGAGCCUGGAUUACCUACUGUCGCUUUGUCGCAACCAGUCUGUGGACCUACAAUAAAGCGACUAACCAUACAAUGAAUCGAAGCCCUGGACCUUUGUCCCCAGUCUCAAUAGGAGGCGGAAGCGAGUGGUCGGGCAUCUCCAAAUACCAGGGACUUGAGGAGAACCCUCCAUACUCCCCGAUCAAUCGCGGAAACCUAAUAACACCACGGGUCUCGAGCGGCUCCAACGGGAUGAUGAACGGAGGAGGAUUUCCUCCCAGGGGGCCUGAGAGCCAGAACGGAAAUGUACCCUCACCGCCAGCAUCGAUAGCGCGCUCCAGCAUCCCGACAAGUCUGUACAAUGGUUCCAUGAACGGAGGGCCUGCCGGUGGGCGAGACCGCAGGGAUGAACAGUUUGAAGGCAUACUGAGCGAGCACUACGUCUCUCUCAAGAGGUUUCUGGCUGCGUCUCUGCGCGAUGAGAAGGGCAACCCAAGGCCGAACAAGGCGCGAGACAAGCUGCUGCGACUGUCACCUGUGCAAUUCCAGGAACUGAGCAUGGAUGUGUUCGACGAGUUAUUGCGGAGGCAUGCUGCGGGCCGCAAGCAAUCUGUCGCCGGGCUGAACGAACAAAACUCUCCACCGCAAUUUCUGCUCCCCAAAGAUACCUUCCACCCAAAGCGCAACCAGGCGCGACAAAAACUGUCCACGCUACCGCCACCGCGGUUUAGGGAUCUGGCAACCGACGUAUUCUACGAGCUGGAGCGGAGGUUUCCAAGGUUUGCUGGAGGGGAUAUCAGCCGGAGCGGGAAUGGAACCCCGGUCGACCCGAGAAUGCGGAUGCGGAGGCCGUCGGAGGCCAGCUCAGUGGGAUACGCGAGGAGCGAGUCUCGAGGUGGAACUCGCGGUGUGGGAGGUGGGCAGCCUGGAUCCCCUGGCAUGUUACCGAACGACUAUGGCCGGCCAUUGCCCAAGACGUACCAGAGCAACACGCUGGUGCCUAAUAAGAGUACAAUGGUGGAGGAUGAUGACGAUCAGGAUAAUGACUCGGAUGCAUUUGGAUUAGAGAGCGCAGUAAUAGCGGGCGUUGGCGCAAAGGCAGAGGAGGAUAAAAAGCAAUUAAAAGAAUACGAGGAGCAAGUGGUCGCACUACGAGAAAAGGUCGGCGGGCUGGAAGAGAAGUUACGGCAGAAGGACGAGGAGCUUAAUGAUGUUUUGGACGGCGAACGUAGCAGGUCGACAGCUGCGAAUGCAGAGAAGCAAGAGUUUUCGGAGCUGCGGCUGAAGCUGGAAGAAAAGCUGGCAGACGCCGAGAACCUGUACGUGUCGCUGCAGUCGGAGCUUGACAGGCUACGCGCCGAGCACUCGGAGACGGAGAGGGACCUGAGCGAUCAUUUAGAACAGCUGCGCGUCUCAGGAGGUGGAGGUGGGAAUGAGGCACUGGAGCGCGAGAACGAGGAGUUGAGGGCCGAGUUGGAAGAGCAGCAACAGACGACGGAUGAUGUUCGGCGAGAGGCUGGGAAUUUCUUGAGGGAGAUGAAGUUGCUCACCGAGCGCAACGGGACGUCUUGGGAGAAGGAGGAGCAGCUUGUGGUCCAAGUCAACAGGCUGGAAGCCGAGGUCGAGGAUUGGAGGAACCGAUACGCAAGGACGAAGACUCAAUUAAGAAACGCCCGGGCUUCGUCGAUUGGCCUCACUAUCCAACCUAAGCAGACUACGAGCAGCCAUAACUCCCCCGAUGGACUGGUCAAGGAUGUCCACGUCACAAAGUUCCAGAUCUCCAUCGAUGAGCUGCUACGAACCGCUCGCUCCGAGACCCCCGAGAACGUUGUUGAGUACAUGAAGAACGUGGUUAUCUGUGUUCGCAACAUUACGCAAGACAUCGACAACUCCACAAACAACCCCGAGCUUGCCCAAGGCCAAGCGAAGCUCAAGGCCCGCGUCUCCGCAACUGCCAACAACCUGAUCACCGCCUCCAAGAACUUCACAGCCGCCAAGGGACUCUCGCCCGUCUCCCUCCUCGACGCAGCAGCAUCCCACCUCACCACCUCCGUAGUCGAGCUCAUCAGCACCGUCAAGAUCCGGCCCACUCCCGCCAGUGAACUCGAAGACGACGACAACGAGACCCUCCAGCCAAUCGAGACCCCAAGCUACUACCCCACCAACGGCGAGCGCAAGGACAACAACAUCUCCGCCCCCUUCAUGGGCAUGCGCCAGAGCAACGUCUCCUCGAUGUACAGCCCCGUCAACUCGCCUCGCAACUCUAGAGUUCCCCGCUCCCGCAGCGGCUCCAAGGCCGAGCCAUGGCGCCGCUCGCUCUCGCGAAGUGGCCAGAAUGGCGUGAAUGGGAAGCUGCCACCCGCGCCGCUGGGGUCAAUGGGUGCCUUUGGGAUCCGUGGGCAGGAGCAAAAUAACGAGAUUGAGGAUCUGAAGGUAAGCCCUACAAUAGCCUGCCUGGCAAGCCCGACAAUAGUUUAUUGUGAUAUACUAACACAACCCAGAUCUUCCUCGAAGACCAAACCGCCUUCCUCGUCCAAAUGAUCCAAUCCCUCGUCUCGAGCAUCCGCUCCGACAACGGCGUCGGCGCUAUAAUCGCCGAGCUCGCCUCCAUCGCCGCCGUCGUCGAGAAAGUCAUGUCCGCCACCGAAACCAGCAUGGACGACCGCUCCGACGCCGCCGCCCAGCU